AUGGGUUUUCAUAUAUGGUUUUCAUUCGCUUCAGGGUACGUGUCCUCUAUAAACACCACUAUUACUCCUAUCAUGAUCUUGUGUCUUCAAUAUAAAGAUAAUGGAUGUCCGGCUAACAAGCAUGUUCACGUGCUCUCUGAUCUCUACAAUCAUGGCUUCAACAUCACGUUUCCGUAUUUCCGCUUUGGAACCGAAGGUGGAUACUUGGGUGGAGCGUUGGGCGGAGUCAAGCUCAUGAAAACCGAAAAUGGCUCCAGCAUUCUGGCAAGCGCCCAGGCUUGGUUUCUGAUUUAUCAUUUGAAAUUCUUCCCGACUGAGACCAGCUAUAUUUCAGGCUUAUGGGAAAAUGAACUUGGACGACAUCUCGCCGUCUAUCCAGAGGACCCCUAUAUAAAAUUUACGUAUUUCCACUCGCAAACACUAGCGGAUGAAUUGCAAAGAAACGCUGACUCAUUGAUGCCCCGAUUCAUCGUUGCGUUCAUUCUUUUGGUAGUGUUCUCGAUGGCUUGCUCGAUAGCUCUGAUCGAUAACACUUACUAUAUUGAUUGGUCGCUUAGCAAACCAGUGUUGGCCAUUUUAGGUCUUAUAAAUGCUUGUAUGGGUAUCGUGACCUCGCUCGGCACGCUGAUGCUAUUCGGGAUGCCCUACAGUGAGAUUGUGGCCGGUGACCUGCCAAUUUCUUGUGUCGUAGUGCAGCCGCGUUUUUCGGAAACAAGUAGUAAGGACUGUCGGUAUCGCAAUAUGUUCCUGAUCAUGAUACGCUUGCAAUUGCCGACGUACCGUACCUCCCGAUGUUUGCCGGUCGCUGAACGAAUGGCCGAGUGCAUGUCAGAUGCGGCAGUAGCGAUUCUUAUCACUGCUACCACAGACGCGCUGUCGUUUGGUGUGGAGCCAUUACCACCUUCCCAGCCGUCCACAUCUUCUGUGUCUAUACAGGCGUGGCUAUUUCAUUUGCGUCAUCUAUCAGGUGAGAUCACAUUUUUCGCCGCUCUUCUAGCGGUGUUUACUAAACUUGAAGAAGACGGACGGAAUACUGUCUGUGGACUGAAAACACUACCAGAGUCUGAACUCAAGUUUGAUCAGCAGAGAUUGCCACAUGGUCGCAACGCAUUUUUAAUCUCGGAUCCAAGCCGGAUCCCCUUCAAGGGAACGACAUCAAGGAGGCUGCGAUUUCUAGAUUUUUCCGGGAUUGGUAUGCUCCGCUGCCUGAUGAAUCGUGUAAUUCGAGGCAUUGCAUUAUUGUGGUACAUAAUUUAUCUGAUCUUCGCCUAUUAUGGCGUUACUCAGAUCAAGGAAGGUCUUGAACCGAUCAAUCUACUCGUUGAAGACUCCUAUGCUAUACCGCACUACAAACUCUUGCAAAACUAUUUCUGGAAGUAUGGUGCUACUUUACAGGUAGUCGUCAAUAAUGCACCGGAUCUUCGCAACGCCACAGCGCGGCAUCGAAUUCAGGCGAUGAUUGGUGACUUCGCGACUACACGACAUUCCAUAGGAAUGGAGGCUGUGCAGUUUUGGAUGAACGAUAUGGAAUCCUACUACCACGAUACCCUGGACAUGAAGAUCAUCGACGGAGCAUUCUACAGUAUGCUGCGACAUUGGCUUGCAUCAAAGCAUAAUAACCCUUGGGCGGAGGACCUUUACUGGAGUGAUGGGACGGAUGGCAAUGUUACUUUGAAGAGUUUCCGAUUCUUGCUGGGAAUGCGUGACAUUUCAUCCACUACAGAACAGAUGGAUGCUACUUUGUUGUUCAGAGAUGUGGCAGCUCGCUGGCCGGAAUUCAAUGUCACUACGUUUAUGCCCUUAUGGUUAUUCACCGAUCAAUACGCUAUCAUCAUUCCGAAUACGGUGCAAAACAUCAUCAUCGCUUUGUUGUGCAUGAUUAUCAUUGCGUUUGUCCUCAUCCCACAACCGAUGUGUGCCUUUUGGGUGGCAUUGGCUUGUGGUUCCAUCGAUUUUGGUGUGGUAGGAUAUAUGACCCUAUGGGGCGUGAAUCUGGAUGCAAUUUCGAUGAUCACUAUCAUAAUGUCUAUUGGUUUUUCUGUUGAUUAUGCGGCCCACAUAACCUAUGGAUAUGUGGUUUCCGAAGCUUUGAAUCCAAGCGACAAAGUUCGUGACGCGUUGGCCUCGUUGGGAUGGCCGCUCUGCCAGGGUGCACUCUCCACCAUCAUUGCCGUGUCGGUGCUUGCCGAUGUUCCUGCAUAUAUGAUCAUCACUUUCUUCAAAACGGUAUUCCUUUCAAUAUCCAUCGGUCUACUCCAUGGUCUUGUAUUCCUGCCGGUUUUACUAUCAACUUUCGUCAGAGGUUGCUGUUUUAUGGACACAAGCCACAAAAAUGCUGUCGAUAAAGCGAAGAAGACGCCUGCGAUAACCAAAGCCAGUGCUACGCUUGAAGCUGGUGCAAAGUGGCCACCGUCUGUGAUUCAUGGAAUGAUCACACCAUCGCUACAAAUUUUCGAGUCGCCAGAGGUGACUUAUCCGUCUCCGCCCUAUGCUCCACCUCCAACUGUGGAGCUGUCGUCAUCAGCAAACGUGCACAAUCGCUCGCGCGCAUCUGUAAAGUCACCAGAACACCUCGAAUAA